UUCCCCCAAACAGCUAGUUUAGCUAGAUUACACGGAGAAUUGAGAAGCAUUAAACACUGUGUUUUUUCAGUUUUGCAUGUCCUUUAUACAGACAGGGUCUGCAGUCAGCCUGAACAUGUCGCACACAAUUUUGCUUGUCCAACCCACCAAGAGACCCGAGGGCCGCACUUAUGCUGACUAUGAGUCAGUGAAUGAAUGUAUGGAAGGUGUUUGCAAAAUGUAUGAAGAGCAUCUUAAGAGGAUGAAUCCAAACAGUCCCUCCAUCACUUAUGACAUCAGUCAGUUGUUUGACUUUAUUGACGACUUGGCAGAUCUGAGCUGUCUUGUGUACAGAGCUGACACUCAAACAUACCAACCGUACAACAAAGACUGGAUCAAGGAGAAGAUAUAUGUCCUUCUGCGACGUCAGGCUCAGCAGGCAGCAAAGUAAAGGCAUCAGUGUGGAGUUGUCCGGCUACACUUGGAAGGAGUUUAUACUGCACCGUUUUGCCACAGCAUCUGGAAGAUCUUUGUAUACGGACACCGUUGUCAGUUUGACAUGGGGAGGGUUUACAUAUACUGUACAUGGGAAAAGAAAUGUGAGGCUUUAUGUGGAAAUAGAGUCGUGAUCUGCAGCAUGCAUAGCUGCAAGACAUAACACAUUGACUGAGAGGGAUUCGUGCUUGGCGAAAUGCUCCACGGGCUUGGUAAAAAUGUUUUUUUGUUAAAUGUUCAGUAGUGUGCUUUCAGUUUUCCUAAAAGUUAUGUGGCUUUUUUUACAUUUACUUUGCAGUUGGAUUUGAACAUGCUGUGGAUUUUGAAUGCAGAUGCUUAAUUUUUGAAUGACCUAAAUGCCUGCAGACUGACUAACCGAUCCCAGAAGAUUUAUUUUCCAUAUUUUAUCUAUUCUGUUGCCACUAUAUCCUACCAUCAUAAUGUAAAAUGUUUUUUACAUUUUGUUUUGCGUAGUAUCUGAUUUCAACUCUCCACUUUCUGUAUUCUUUGAUUUCAACAAAAUAAACUAUUGUUUUCUGAA